GAUUUACAACCAUAACAUGAUGAUGCAUAAUAUGUGGGAUUUGCACCUUGAACAGAAUGGAUGUGCAGGUAAUCAGGAGUUAACCCUGGCCGGAAACAUGGAGAUUAGUUUUGUGCAAUUUGAUUGGUUGCCAUUGAUGGAAGAACAGCUGCUGCUAUGCAGAAAACAGAUUUCCCCUUCACUGAGAGGAAGCCAAGACUCCUCGUAAAAGUGUUCAAAAAGCCUUACAUUGCACUGAGGAUUAACCCACCAUCCAAAGCAAAUUUUGAGCAGCAUUAUUUAAAGGUCUAAUAAAUAUCCACAUUAAUUUCCUGCUGCAGUUGCCUCCACUGAAUGUUUCUAGGGAGGUGAGCUGGAUAUUUGAGGAGCAUGGCUCCUCCCACUCAGUCUGCAUGAUUUUAACUGGAGCACUUUUCCAGUUUUUUUUAGUAAUGGCUGCCCGGCUGUCGCAGAGAUUACAGUCUGGGAGCUGUGGCAGAUGGCUGCAGCUAUGCCCCAUUUUUAAAGGCCAUGUCUGCUCCAGAGGACUGGGAAGGGCCUCCUCUCUCCAGCAGGAAAAGCUGCGGACGGUGGAGGACCUCCCUCGUGUCAGCCCCUUGGAAAUGCUUUUCAGAAUCUUAUUCCAGGGUUAUUUCCACCGUAUGCAGGAGUUACAGAUCUAUGAGAGGAAGCUGUAUGGACCCAUUUACAAAAAUGGACGUAAUGCUGUUUCUGUGACCACUGCUCAGCUGCUGGAGGAACUGGUGAGGAUGGAUGACAAGUUUCCCUCCAGAGCAGACCUGUCUCUGUGGACAGAGUACCGCGAUAUGAGAGGACACGGCUAUGGGCCGCUUACAGAAACAGGGGAGCGCUGGUACAACCUGAGGGCGGUUCUUAACAAGCGCAUGCUCCAUCCGAGGGACUCUGCUCAGUACGCUGGGGUCAUCAAUGAGGUGGUUACAGACUUCAUUAAAAGGAUCAAACAUCUGCGUGAAGCCAGCUCAACAGGGGAUUUUGUUUCUGACGUUUCCAAUAAGUUUUACCUAUUUUCAUUGGAAGGUAUUGCAUCUAUAUUGUUUGACACAAGACUUGGCUGUCUGAGAACGGAGAUUCCUGCUGGUACUCAAGAAUAUAUCGCGUCCAUCUCGCAGAUGUUUUCCAAUAACUUGCCUGUUGCAAUAUUUCCAAAGUGGAGCCGCAAACUGCUUCCUUAUUGGGGGCGCUACAUCACCAGCUGGGACAACAUCUUCGCUUUUGCGAAAACUUUGAUCGACAAGAAGAUAGAGGACAUCCAGCAGCGAGUGGACAACAACCAGAAUGUGGAGAGUGAAUAUCUAACGUACCUCCUCUCAAACAAGAAUAUAAGUACUAAGGACGUCUACGCCAGCAUCACUGAGCUUCUUUUGGCUGGAGUGGACACGACCUCCAACACCCUCACAUGGGCUUUGUACCAGCUGUCCAGGAACCCAGAAAUCCAGGACAGACUUCAUGAGGAAGUGUCCACGCUGGUACCUGCAGACCAAAUCCCCACGGCUGCAGAGGUCACCCAGAUGCCAUUUUUACGAGCUGUGAUUAAGGAAACUCUCAGGAUGUACCCCGUGGUUCCUAUAAAUUCAAGAAUCAUAACUGAAAAAACAGUUUCUGUUGGUGGAUAUCAGUUUCCAAAGAAUACUUGUUUCACUCUCUGUCACUAUGCCAUCAGUCAUGAUGAGAGCAUUUUCCCAGAGCCGUUCAGAUUCCAGCCGGAGAGAUGGCUCCGUGACGGCCGCCAGAGGCCACAUCCAUUCAGCUCCAUCCCAUUUGGCUACGGAGUUCGAGGCUGUGUUGGUCGCAGGAUUGCAGAACUAGAGAUGUAUUUGGUUCUGUUUCGGCUUAUUAGGGACUUUAAAAUCAAAUCCGGACCCAUGAUGGACGAGCUGAAGAUCCUCAGUCGGGCUGUUCUGGUUCCAAACAAGCAACUGGACCUGCACUUUGUGGACCGAUGAUGAAGAAACACUGAUUUUCUCAACAGUUUGGUUUAACAGUCACAUAAAAAGCUGGUAGGCCAAUGAAAAACUCUAAAACCAUUAAGCAACAACUCUUUUUGCAGUCACAAAAAACACCUAAUUAGAUCUGAAUACAUUCAGAUUAUACAUUUAAAAUAUAAUGCAUUUCCCUCUUUAUCAUCAGGGGGUAUUUCUACUUGUUUGUGUCUAAUAAUAUGAUCACAUGUUUGUAUAUUUGUAUACCUUGGUCAUCCCUUCAUUGUAUUCGAUUCUAUUCUGUAAUAAUGUAAUAAUGAAAACUUUUAUAUUUGUUGGUUGUAUAUUAAAGGAUGUUUUAUUUUUCUGGCGUAAA